AGAUUUCCGCCCCCUGUUGGCUCUCCAGGAAACUGCAGGUCUUCCUGGUCGUUGACAAAUGUUUAGUGAAUAACAGAAUAACAGAAACACACAGUAUUAAAGAUUUAUACCGUCUGUGGUAAAUUACAGCUUAAAAACUUGCUGUUCAGUCCGACAUAAGUAGCUCUAGUUAGCAUGUGAAUGUGAUGUUUACUUUGGAUUAUGGAACUUUUUAUUAUUAUUAACGAAUUCAGUAUUUAUUAAACUCGGUGUAUCCGUUGUUGCUUUGGAGAUGCAGAGACUGAUUAAAGAGACACGACGUCACUCUUUCUACUCAUACCUGAGCCAAAGGUAACGUUGAUGGAAAGGCGGUAACAUCUAUUUCAACUCGGUUUAUUUCUAUGGCGCAAAAUUAGAACAACAGUCGCAUCAAGGCGCCUCCCGUUAUUCAGGCGGGCUGACAGCUGGGAGGAGAGAGACGCAGAAAAGCGGAAGUUUUUCAGCCUCAGCGUUUACAGAAAGUGAGAGAAAGCAGCGGGAGAACAGUGCUUCACACUAAGCUGCUUCACAAACACUGAAGAAUGAUUUUCCAUCAGCAGUGAUUCCAGGUGUUCACAUUUUACAUGAAUUACUGAAGGGAGCUCUCUUUACUUUUAGCAGCAGCAAGCCUGCGCUGCCAGGACCUGCAAGGAGGAGAAGAGGAUGGCAGCAAAAAGGAAGAACCUGGAUAUAAGAAAGUAUUCAAAGAAACCUGUGGUAACUAUGAUGACUAAGAAGCUGCUCAGUGAAACACUGAACCAGUUGAGUCCAGAGGACUUUGCUGAGUUCAAGUCACACAUUGCAGUAGAGAAAGAUCUCCAACUGAUGUCACAGAGCCGACUGAAAACAGCAAACACACAGGAUGUAGUGGAGCUGAUGGAGGAGACGUACAGAGGAGAGAGUGUGGAGGAGACCAGAAAGGCUUUAAUGAAGAUGAACAGGACUGAUCUGGUGCAGAGAUUAUCAGACAAACAGUUUCCUCCACUGAGCCAGAGAGUAGAAACGAUGGAGUCUCUUAUUAAGCUGCUUUUGGAAACACUGGCUGAUCUGAGUGACAGCGAGGUCAAAGACUUCAUCAAGAUCCUGAGAAGAAAACGUGGCUCAAUGAUCCCAACGAGUCUGUUGUUCAUGUCCGACUCGCAGGACGUGCAGGACGUGGUGUUUUUGGUGGUGAGAACUUUUGGCCAACAGUCAGUGAAGAAGAUCGUGGAGGUUUUGAAGAAGAUGAGGAAGACUGAUCUGGCUCAGAGGCUGACAGACAGCAGCUCAGAAGCUCAAAAGAAACAUCUGGAUGAACAUCUGUCUGCACUGAUCCAUAAAGUUGCAACAAUGGCAGCUGUUACAGAUCUGCUUCUAGAAACACUGGAGGAUUUGAGUGAUCAGGAUCUCAAGGAGUUCAUGUUGUUCCUGCAGUUCACUCGUUUUCAGAAGAGUCUUCCACAAAUCAAACUGAGUGAUGACAGAAGAGGAAUAGUCAAUGAUAUGAUUAAUAAAUGUGGUCAUCAGUCUGUGGAGGUGAUCAGGGAGGUUUUAACAGACAUGCAGAGAACUGAUCUGGUGCAGAGGCUGUCAGAGAGCAGCUCAGGACUCAAAGCUGCAGGAUCAUCAGCUGAAGGAUUUGAUGUGGAGGAAACAGAGAAAGAGAAACACUCUGAGGAUGAACGUUGGCCUGCACUGAUCCACAAAGUAGAAACGAUGGAGUCUGUUAUUGAGCUGCUGCUGGAAACUCUGGAUGCUCUGAAGGGCUGGGAGCUCAACAAGGUCAACUAUACCGUGCGAAAAAUUCAUGUCAUUGUUGAUGAUGAUGAUGAUGAUGACGACAUACACUUCUCAAGGAUGCCGUACAAGUGGCCAGACCUGCAGGACACAGUGUUUCUGAUGGUGCAGACUUACGGCCAACAGUCAGUGGAGAAGACCAUGGAGAUCUUAAAGAAGAUGAAGAGGACUGAUCUGGCUCAGAGGCUGUCAGACUGCAGCUCACUGCCUCGAAAGAAACACUCUGUGGAUGAACGACGCUCUGCACUGAUCCACAAAGUGGCAACAAUGGCAGCUGUUAAACAUCUGCUUUUAGAAACUUUAAAUGAUUUGCCAAACAAGGAGCUUCGGGAAUUUCAGAGGAUCCUAUGGAGCAUCUUUCAUUUAAAAAACUUGUCAUAUUCUUCAAUGAGUUUGUAUUCAUCAUCAGAGAGAGAAAAUAUAGUGAAUCUGAUGAUGGAUGAACUUGGUCAGCAGUCUGUGGAGGUGACCAGAGAAGUUUUCAUGCGCAUGAACAGAACUGAUCUGGUGCAGAAGUUAUCAGAGAGCAGCUCAGCAUCCAGAGAGAAACACUCUGUGGAUGAACAUGGAGCUGCACUGUUGAAGAGAGAAGAAGCACCGACAGCUGUUCAAAACAUUCUUGUGGAAAUCCUGAGACAUUUGAAUCUAAAGGAUCUCGAGGAAUUCAAUUUGUUGCUGCAGUUCACUUGCUUCAAAACGGGCCUGCCACAAAUAAAGACGUAUACAAACAGGAUAGAUGGACUAGUAAAUCAGAUGGUGGAUGAACUUCAUCAUCAGUCUGUGGAGGUGAUCAGGGAGGUUUUAACAGACAUGCAGAGAACUGAUCUGGUGCAGAGGCUGUCAGAGAGCAGCUCAGGACUCAAAGACAAACAGUUUCCUCCACUGAGCCAGAGAGUUGGUAACGUCACAUCAGUCGACUUCACACAGUUCAGCUUUGAUUCAGUAGAAACGAUGGAGUCUCUUAUUGAGCUGCUUUUGGAAACACUGGCUGAUCUGAGUGAGAGCGAGGUCGAGAACUUCAUCAAGAUCCUCGAAGGACAACAUGUCUUGUUUAUCCCAACGAGUCUGUCUGAGAUGUCAGACGUGCAGGACUUGGUGUUUUUGAUGGUGAGGACUUUUGGCGAACAGUCAGUGGAGAAGACCAUGAAGGUUUUGAAGAAGAUGGAGAGGACUGAUCUGGCUCAGAGGCUGACAGACAGCAGGUCAGAAGAUCAAAACAAACAUCUGGAUGAACAUCUGUCUGCACUGAUCCAUAAAGUUGCAACAAUGGCAGCUGUUACAGAUCUGCUUCUAGAAACACUGAAGGGUUUGAGUGAUCAGGAUCUCAAGGAGUUCAAGUUGUUCCUGCAGUUCACUUGUUUUCAGAAGAGUCUUCCACAAAGCGACAUGGAAACUAACAGAAGAGUAACAGUGAAUGAUAUGGUUGAUAAAUGGGGUCAUCAGUCUGUGGAGGUGAUCAGGGAGGUUUUAACAGACAUGCAGAGAACUGAUCUGGUGCAGAGGCUGUCAGAGAGCAGCUCAGGACUCAAAGACAAACAGUUUCCUCCACUGAGCCAGAGAGUGAGUAACGUCACAUCAGUCGACUUCACACAGUUCAGCUUUGAUUCAGUAGAAACGAUGGAGUCUCUUAUUGAGCUGCUUUUGGAGACACUGGCUGAUCUGAGAGGCAACGAGGUCGAGAACUUCAUCAAGAUCCUCGAAGGACAACAUGUCUUUAAGUUCCUGCUUAUGGAGAUAGAGACAGAGCUGCAGGACGUGCAGGACGUGGUGUUUUUGAUGGUGAGGACUUUUGGCCAACAGUCAGUGGAGGAGACCCUGGAGGUUUUGAAGAAGAUGAGGAGGACUGAUCUGGCUCAGAGGCUGACAGACAGCAGCUCAGAAGCUCAAAAGAAACAUCUGGAUGAACAUCUGUCUGCACUGAUCCAUAAAGUUGCAACAAUGGCAGCUGUUACAGAUCUGCUUCUAGAAACACUGAAGGGUUUGAGUGAUCAGGAUUUCGAGGAGUUCAUGUUGUUCCUGCAGUUCACUCGUUUUCAGAAGAGUCUUCCACAAAUCGAUCUUAUUCAUGACAGAAGAGGAAUAGUCAAUGUGAUGGUUGAUAAAUGUGGUCAUCAGUCUGUGGAGGUGAUCAGGGAGGUUUUAACAGACAUGCAGAGAACUGAUCUGGUGCAGAGGCUGUCAGAGAGCAGCUCAGGACUCAAAGCUGCAGGAUCAUCAGCUGAAGGAUUUGAUGUGGAGGAAACAGAGAAAGAGAAACACUCUGAGGAUGAACGUUGGCCUGCACUGAUCCACAAAAUAGAAACGAUGGAGUCUGUUAUUGAGCUGCUGCUGGAAACUCUGGAUGCUCUGAAUUACCGGGAACUAGAGGAGUUCAAGCUGACCAUUACAAAAAUUCGUCACGAUAAAUAUUACUCAGUUCUCUCAUUGAUGCUGUACAGGUGGACAGACCUGCAGCACACAGUGUUUCUGGUGGUGCUGACUUACGGCCAACAGUCAGUGGAGAAGACCAUGGAGGUCUUAAAGGAGAUGAAGAGGACUGAUCUGGCUCAGAGGCUGUCAGACUGCAGCUCACUGCCUCGAAAGAAACACUCUGUGGAUGAACGACGCUCUGCACUGAUCCACAAAGUGGCAACAAUGGCAGCUGUUAAACAUCUGCUUUUAGAGACUUUAAAUGAUUUGCCAAACAAGGAGCUUCGGGAAUUUCAGAGGAUCCUAUGGAGCAUCUUUCAUUUAAAAAACUUGUCAUAUUCUUCAAUGAGUUUGUAUUCAUCAUCAGAGAGAGAAAAUAUAGUUAAUCUGAUGAUGGAUAAACUUGGUCAGCAGUCUGUGGAGGUGACCAGAGAAGUUUUCAUGCACAUGAACGGAACUGAUCUGGUGCAGAAGUUAUCAGAGAGCAGCUCAGCAUCCAGAGAGAAACACUCUGUGGAUGAACAUGGAGCUGCACUGUUGAAGAGAGAAGAAACACCGACAGCUGUUCAAAACAUUCUUGUGGAAAUCCUGAGACAUUUGAAUCUAAAGGAUCUCGAGGAAUUCAAUUUGUUGCUGCAGUUCACUUGCUUCAAAACGGGCCUGCCACAAACAGAGACGGAUACAAACAGGAUAGAUGAACUAGUAAAUCAGAUGGUGGAUGAACUUCAUCAUCAGUCUGUGGAGGUGAUCAGGGAGGUUUUAACAGACAUGCAGAGAACUGAUCUGGUGCAGAGGCUGUCAGAGAGCAGCUCAGGACUCAAAGACAAACAGUUUCCUCCACUGAGCCAGAGAGUGAGUAACGUCACAUCAGUCGACUUCACACAGUUCAGCUUUGAUUCAGUAGAAACGAUGGAGUCUCUUAUUGAGCUGCUUUUGGAGACACUGGCUGAUCUGAGUGAGACCGAGGUCAAAGACUUCAUCGAGAUCCUGAGAAGAGAAGGUGGCUCAAUGAUUCUGUAUAAGAUGUCAGACAUGCAGGACAUGCAGGACUUGGUGUUUUUCAUGGUGAGGACUUUUGGCCGACAGUCAGUGACGAAGACCAUGAAGGUUUUAAAGAAGAUGAGGAGGACUGAUCUGGCUCAGAGGCUGACAGACAGCAGCUCAGAAGCUCAAAACAAACAUCUGGAUGAACAUCUGUCUGCACUGAUCCAUAAAGUUGCAACAAUGGCAGCUGUUACAGAUCUGCUUCUAGAAACACUGGAAGAUUUGAGUGAUCAGGAUCUCAAGGAGUUCAUGUUGUUCCUGCAGUUCACUCGUUUUCAGAAGAGUCUUCCACAAAUCAGCAUGAGAACUAACAGAAGCGAAAUAGUGAAUGAUAUGGUUGAUAAAUGUGGUCAUCAGUCUGUGGAGGUGAUCAGGGAGGUUUUAACAGACAUGCAGAGAACUGAUCUGGUGCAGAGGCUGUCAGAGAGCAGCUCAGGACUCAAAGCUGCAGGAUCAUCAGCUGAAGGAUUUGAUGUGGAGGAAACAGAGAAAGAGAAACACUCUGAGGAUGAACGUUGGCCUGCACUGAUCCACAAAGUAGAAACGAUGGAGUCUGUUAUUGAGCUGCUGCUGGAAACUCUGGAUGCUCUGAAUUACCGGGAGCUAGAGGAGUUCAAGCAGACCAUUGAAAAAAUUUAUUAUGAUGAACGCAACACAUUAGUCUCAUGGAAGUGGCUCAUGAGCAAAGACCUGCAGGACACAGUGUUUCUGAUGGUGCAGACUUACGGCCAACAGUCAGUGGAGAAGACCAUGGAGGUCUUAAAGAAGAUGAAGAGGACUGAUCUGGCUCAGAGGCUGUCAGACUGCAGCUCACUGCCUCGAAAGAAACACUCUGUGGAUGAACGACGCUCUGCACUGAUCCACAAAGUGGCAACAAUGGCAGCUGUUAAACAUCUGAUUUUAGAAACUUUGAUUGAUUUGAGUGAUGAGGAGCUGAAGAAAUUUAAGAGGCUCCUGCAGACGAUCAUUCCUUGGAGGGAUCUGGUAUCCUUCUUAUAUAGCUUGAGUCCAUCAUCAAACAGAGCAGAUGUAGUGAAUCUAAUGGUGGAUAAACUUGGUCAGCAGUCUGUGGAGGUGACCAGAGAAGUUUUCAUGUACAUGAACAGAACUGAUCUGGUGCAGAAGUUACCAGAGAGCAGCUCAGCAUCCAGAGAGAAACACUCUGUGGAUGAACAUGGAGCUGCACUGUUGAAGAGAAGAGAAGCACUGACGACUGUUAGAAACAUUCUUGUGGAAAUCCUGAGACAUUUGAAUCAAAAGGAUCUCGAGGAAUUCAAUUUGUUGCUGCAGUUCACGCGCUUCAAAAUGGGCCUGCCACAAAUAGAGACAUAUAGAAACAGGAUAGAUGGACUAGUGAAACAGAUGAUGGAUAAACUUGGUCAGCAGUCUGUGGAGGUGAUCAGGGAGGUUUUAACAGACAUGCAGAGAACUGAUCUGGUGCAGAGGCUGUCAGAGAGCAGCUCAGGACUCAAAGCUGCAGGAUCAUCAGCUGAAGGAUUUGAUGUGGAGGAAACAGAGAAAGAGAAACACUCUGAGGAUGAACGUUGGCCUGCACUGAUCCACAAAGUAGAAACGAUGGAGUCUGUUAUUGAGCUGCUGCUGGAAACUCUGGAUGCUCUGAAUUACCGGGAACUAGAGGAGUUCAAGCUGACCAUUACAAAAAUUCGUCACGAUAAAUAUGACUCACAAUUCUCAUUGAUUCGGUACAUAAGGGGAGGCCUGCAGGACACAGUGUUUCUGAUGGUGCAGACUUACGGCCAACAGUCAGUGGAGAAGACCAUGGAGGUCUUAAAGGAGAUGAAGAGGACUGAUCUGGCUCAGAGGCUGUCAGACUGCAGCUCACUGCCUCGAAAGAAACACUCUGUGGAUGAACGACGCUCUGCACUGAUCCACAAAGUGGCAACAAUGGCAGCUGUUAAACAUCUGCUUUUAGAAACUUUGAAUGAUUUGAGUGAUGAGGAGCUGAAGAAAUUUAAGAGGCUCCUGCAGAUGAUUAAUUCUUGGAGGGAUCUGUCAUAUAUCUCAGAUAUGUUCAGUCAAUCAUCAAACAGAGCAGAUACAGUGAAUCUGAUGGUGGAUAAACUUGGUCUGCAGUCUGUGGAGGUGACCAGAGAAGUUUUCAUGUACAUGAACAGAACUGAUCUGGUGCAGAAGUUAUCAGACAGCAGCUCAGCAUCCAGAGAGAAACACUCUGUGGAUGAACAUGGAGCUGCACUGUUGAAGAGAGAAGAAGCACCGAGAACUGUUAGAAACAUUCUUGUGGAAAUCCUGAGACAUUUGAAUCAAAAGGAUCUCGAGGAAUUCAAUUUGUUGCUGCAGUUCACGCGCUUCAAAAUGGGCCUGCCACAAAUAAAGUCAUAUACAAUCAUGACAGAUUUACUAGUGAAUCAGAUGGUGGAUGAACUUGGUCAUCAGUCUGUGGAGGUGAUCAGGGAGGUUUUAACAGACAUGCAGAGAACUGAUCUGGUGCAGAGGCUGUCAGAGAGCAGCUCAGGACUCAAAGCUGCAGGAUCAUCAGCUGAAGGAUUUGAUGUGGAGGAAACAGAGAAAGAGAAACACUCUGAGGAUGAACGUUGGCCUGCACUGAUCCACAAAGUAGAAACGAUGGAGUCUGUUAUUGAGCUGCUGCUGGAAACUCUGGAUGGUCUCAAUGAGCAGGAGCUCAGUGAGCUCAACUGGACCCUGCAACAAAUUCAUCUUCACAAAAAUUACUCAGUCUUCUCAUUGAUGCCGUACAAGUGGACAAACCUGCAGCACACAGUGUUUCUGAUGGUGCAGACUUACGGCCAACAGUCAGUGGAGAAGACCAUGGAGGUCUUAAAGAAGAUGAAGAGGACUGAUCUGGCUCAGAGGCUGUCAGACUGCAGCUCACUGCCUCGAAAGAAACACUCUGUGGAUGAACGACGCUCUGCACUGAUCCACAAAGUGGCAACAAUGGCAGCUGUUAAACAUCUGCUUUUAGAAACUUCGAAUGACUUGAACAACGAUGAGCUCAAGAAAUUUAACAGGUUCCUGCAGAUAAUUGUUCUGUGGAAGAACCUUUCACAUAUCUCAUGGAGGCUGAGUCCAUCAUCAACCAGAGCAGAGACAGUGAAUCUGAUGAUGGAUAAACUUGGUCAGCAGUCUGUGGGGGUGACCAGAGAAGUUUUCAUGUACAUGAAAAGAACUGAUCUGGUGCAGAAGUUAUCAGACAGCAGCUCAGCAUCCAGAGAGAAACACUCUGUGGAUGAACAUGGAGCUGCACUGUUGAAGAGAGAAGAAGAACUGGAAACUGUUAGACAGACUCUCUUGGAAACACUGAAUGAUUUCAGUCAAAAGGAUAUCAAGAAAUUCAAGCAGGUGCUCCCAUUCACGUGCUUUAAGAUGGGCCUGCCACAAAUACAGAUGAAUGCAAACAGGACAGAAGACCUUGUGGAUCUGAUGGUGGAUAAACUUGGUCAGCAGUCUGUGGAGGUGACCAUGGAGGUUUUAACAGACAUGAACAGACCUGAUCUGGUGCUGAGGCUGUCAGAGAGCAGCUCAGGACGAAAAACUGAAAGAAGUUCAGAGCUUGAAGGUUGUCAGAGCAUGACGCAGGACUCCAGUGAUUGGACUAAACUUGAACCUGAGGUGAACAGUACAGAUGCAGACGAGGCUCCAACUUACAGCCUUCAGUCUGCAGCAGGACACUUUGAAUGCAGAGUCUCGGGCUUGCGCUGGGUCUGUAAGGGAAAGACCAGCUUUCAGUACCAGUUUAGAUCUUGGGAGGGACACAUGGAGAGGAUGGAGAGCAGACAAUACAUGCCUGCAGGUCCUCUGAUGGACGUCACAGUCACUGCUGGGAAGUUAAAUGAAGUUCACCUGCCACACUGGAUCUGCAUCGAUGACAUCCCUGACAUAUUGGACAAGUUUGCAGUCCUUCACAUAGAUGACUGUGGAGACGUUGUGGAAAAAGUGUCUGAGGUCACACCAACACAUGUCAAGUUAACUGAACCGAUUUUCUCUCCGAGAGCGGUCCUGAUGAAACUCGGCGUUCCUGUGAAAAUCGGCUGCAAUGUUUUGAUAUAUCAGACCAACACAGCUUUCCUCACACUGCAUGUUUAUCUGAUCCCACGUGAUCCUGGGCUACAGCAGGUAAUGAGGCAGAGGGAAGUGCCCCAUGGGUACAAAGCUAUCCUAAAGCCAGAUCCAGAGAAGUCCUUGAAAAUUCUUGAUCGUUUCACACUAACAGCAGAUGUGGAUGGUGCAGAAAUCUGUCCUCAAGAUUUAAAGCUCAGAUAUCCAAGUGGAAAGCCAAAUUUCUUUGAAGUUUACACUGAAAAUCCAGAUGGAAACUUCCGCCUUAAACUCACAUCAAAAAAAGAUCUUCAGCCAGUAUGGACCUGUACAGUUCGAAAAGCCGAAUACCAAAGCACUGAUCAAGCACAAGCUGCAGGAUCCUCAGUGGGAGCAGCUGCUGCCAGCUCUCUGUUGGAUGGCAAACACUUUGUGGAUAAACACAGAGUCCAGCUGAUCCAGAGGGUCAGCAACGUCGCACCUAUUUUAGAUGACCUUCUUGGCAGUGAUGUUAUCAGCCAAGAAAGUUAUAAUAGCAUUAUGGCUCUGCCUACCUCACAGGACAAGAUGAGGACACUCUACAGUCACCUAAAUACUGAAAGAUGCAACGAUAUCUUCUAUAAAAUCCUUUUGAAAAAUGAGAAACAUCUAAUCGAUGAAUUCAGUGCAAAGUAAAACAUACAAUGGUGAAAAAACCUCUUUAGACCAAAUGCACAUAAUCUACCUGAGCAUAGAUUCUGUUGGAAAUGUCAGUGUGCAAGGAUUUUAUAAAACGUUAUUUUACACUUAUAUUUGGUGAGAUGGUAAAUGGUAAAUGGCCUGUAUUUAUAUAGCGCUUUACUAGUCCCUAAGGACUAGUAAAAUAGUGAGAGAAAAAAGAUGUUUAUGGUAUAUGGGGCCUUUUCUGAUCACUGAGCCUCUUAUCUCAUUCAGUUUCAAACUAGAAACAUCCCAAAAUGUUAAUGUAAAUGUGCUGUAUAUCAUGCAAAACAAUUACUGAAAAUACCAGAUUUCCUUCACCUAACAAAUAUCAAAAUCAUCACAACUAUACUUUUUGUGAAGAUUUAAUAUUUGUUAUAUUUGAAUAUGAAUUAAGUUUAAAUUGAAAAAUCUUCCUUCACUAAGAAUUUAUUUUGGUGCUUCAUUCAAAAUGGUUUGUAAUUUGAACUAUUAAAUAAAAUCUUCAUUUUUACCAUAA